CAAAAUUUAGAUCGCGGUCAGGAUUAUUACUAAUCUAUUCAAGAAACCAUUAAACGUUUAUGGAUUUAUAAGCCACAAUUAUUGUUCAUAUGGAACCGAUGUCGACGGCCAUAUCACCGCAAAUCCGCCUAGUCAGGGCCUGGGCAGACAAAUCCUAAGACGUAAUAUUCUACCAGUGUCUAGAGACGUCAUGCCUACUACACAAAGCGUCGCGUGGAGGAGGUUAACUAAGCCUAAUCUCAAUAACAUCAGGGUUGUAUGGGCAGACUUUCCUGAUAGCUCGGAGCAUUCUACCCCUCGCGUCACGAUAUGCCCUAUUCAAGGAAACCUUCGAACGCCAAACGACGCUAUGAAUGGUAACCAUUUUCGACAGAGUCUUAGCUGUCUCCGACUUCCACCAGGAGCCGUUUGUGAGAUCUCGCACACUCGAAAAAUCUGCCCUUCUAUGCCAUAUAUUGAUUUAGGUAACGGGAAGCUUCAAGAAUGUCAGCUUAUUGACCCGUUGGAUAAAAGCCGAGAGAAACAUAAGUUUGCUAUUCUUAUUAACUUCUCGUGCUACGGAGCGCAGGAUGAUCUGACUCGUCCUCUUGGUUUGGAUGUGUGUCGUACCCUACAGGGUAUCCCAUUUUUUAAUGGGACAUGAAGGGAUGAUUG